AUGGAAGAAGAAGAAGGCCAAGAUGCGCUGGUCGACUACGACAGCGAUAGCAGCUUUAUCACGGUAAUAGAUAGAGAAGCAAAAGAUAAAAACGAGGAGACAGUAAGAAAAGAUAGAGAAGCAAAAGACAAGAAGGAGACUGAAGCAAAGGGUGCAAUCCCGAAACGCGGCAAACCAAAGAUAAUAGAAAACAUAGAUGUGAAUAGAGAAUGGGCUGAAAAUCGUCCUGUACUACCUAUAGGGACAAAGAUACUUUACGAGAAACAAGAAAAGAUGGUUGAGAAAAUGGACAAUUCGAUGCAGAUGCUGGAUAAAGUAAUGAAGAAGGCCACCGAGAUGAUGGAGAAUAUGGUGGAAGUCUCCCGUUUAAACUUAGAGAAAGAAAAAGUUAAACUUAGACGUUUAGAGUUAGAAGCAGAGACUAAAAACGAGAAUAAAGAAAAAUUAGAGAAACCCGAAGUCAGGGUACAGAGGGCUGCUGCAGAAGAGAACAUGAAACAAGUGAAAUGCUACAGAUGCAACCGAAUGGGUCAUAUGGCAAAGGACUGUCCACUAAUAGAAUUUGGUGCCUGGUUUUGUUACUACUGCCAGGAAGUACGAGGUCACAAGGGUGAUAAUUGUCCGAGUGCCGAAGCCCAGGCGAACAGAGCUAGAGGAAAAAG